AUGGACCAAUGUAUCGAGAAUGCCGUGCGCAAUUACAAAGAUUGCCAGCAACAACAGAAAUUGGCAGCGAAGGGGCCAAUACACUCGUGGAAGUGGAAUGAGUCGCCUUGGGACAAGAUCCACAUCGACCACGCUGGACCAUUCUGUGGUCAACAAAGUUUAAUUAUUGUUUACGAAUUCAGUAAAUGGUUGGAGGUGAAGAAGGGUUCCGGAGGUCAUCGUGAGCGAAAACGGGAAGUAGCGUCGGAAACAGUCCAACUAUGGACGAAGAAGAACGGAUAUCUUUAUAGGCGAGUAGCACCGUACCAUCCAUCGUCAAACGAACAGGCAGAAAGGAUGGCCCAAGAAACGAAAACGAAGCUAGGUACCGGAAACUGGGAAGUGAAAAUUGCAAAAUUUUGGUUAACACAACACGUCACACCAACAGCAGCUACGCAUACCUUACAAUUAAGAUUAACUUCAUCGUUACAAGAAAACAGCUAA